UCAUGAAAUGGUAAUUAAAUUUUCGUAAAGUAUAGAUAAAAAUGUAUAUAUAAUUAUCGUUAUUGCGGACGGAGUGCAUCGGGUACGGGGGCACGUGCCCCCAACUAAUUUUAAAAUUUUCUUUAACAAAUGAUGUAAGUACAUAUAAGUGCCCCCAACUGAAAGAAAAAAUACAAUGAAAACUUUGUUGUGCCCCCUAUUAAAUCUACUUCUGCAUCCGCCCUUGGUUAAGAGUAUUGAUGAGUUGUUUAUAAUUAGGUUAUGGAAAAGACCAGAGAAGGAGGUCGCAGUUGUUAGCCAUGGCAUAGUGUUGCAGCAUAUGUUGUAUGUGUUCGCAAACGAUUGUGACAAGUCAAUUAGACAUGACCUUUGCAAGAGGUUAUACAAAAUUUAUUUUUUCCAAAUAUGGACGAACUUUAAUUCCUUGUAUAAAAUUUAUAAUUGUUUGGUCAUAAUAUGGCAUGUGUUCUCUUAUAGGUUUGCUAAUUGCGAAAUUCGUACUGUCGUGAUUGUAGACAAAGGGUUAGUGUGACUUAAUCAAUUUGUUUUAAUUAUAAUAUACAUUUCUUGACCCUCAUUAGUGUUUUUUUUUUUUUUUUGACAUCAUCCUCAUUAGCGUGUUAUUUAUGUUUUUACUUUUCAGAAUGAGUACGGAAAAUUGAUUACGCGAAGAAGGUUUCAAAAGAGUUUACUGACUCAUUAAAACAACAUUGCAGAAGUUGCUAAUAAUAUUCAUUUUAUUGUUUUAUUCUUGAAGCUCAAUAUUGUUAAGUUGAGCUUCUUCUUCUAUUUGCUUAAACCCCUCGUUUAUCUAUUUUUAUUUUUCAUAUUUUUGUUUGUUUAGGAGUUGUAUUAAGUAAAUGAAAUUAAACUAAUUACAUGAUUAUGUUAAUAAAAUGCGAAGACCUAUUUGCCUAUUGGUUACGAGUCUCCGUGUUAGAGCUAUUGUCAAUGGAGUGUAGAAAUUUUUGUUUUUUUGGCAUCAUGCAUGGAAUUUUUUUUUUGAAAACUAAAAGUUUUUGCAUGAAACAAUCUCAUAAAGCGUGAGAUCUUUAUUUUAAACUUAGCUUAUAUAUAGGCUCAAUGUCCUAGUUUCGUCAUUGAAUAAGAAAAUAAACACAAACAUUUGAGAUUUGACAAGAAUUUAGUUGAUUUUAAUUUGUAUGAGCGGUUAACAAAAACUAAUGAUGAUCUUUGAAACAAGAUUUUGCAAUAACAAAAAAAACGCACACAAAUCCGACAUUUCUGUCAAAAGUAAUUAUCUAUUUCACUAAAAAUCAUAACAAAAUAGAAACACCACAAAAUUUUCAAAAAUAAGUGAUAAUUCUCCAAUAAAGAAAAGAUCUUAUAGUAUAUGCUUUUACUAUAAAUAGUUUUUUUCUGACUUUAAAAUUUAAAAUAAUGAAGUAGCAUUAUGAGGAUUAUUUCCCGCUUUAUAAGGCGACGAGUUAGUUAAAGCGUGGUUUAAUUCUUUUCAACUAACUCUUCGAUUUUCCCGGGAACUGAACUGACACACUCUGAUUAUUUUAUUUUUCUAUUGACCAGAUUAUAUAUCACAGAUUCAUGAAUCUUUUUUAAAGAUUCUCACAAUAUUCACCGACUCCUUCACCUCUUCAUAACCCUAGUUCUGGCCACACACCACCCAACAAACAACAAUGGCUGCGCUUGAGUUACACAAGCCCGAGAUCGACGAAGAAGAAGACGAAUCUUCCGUGGAGGAGGUCCGUCUCACAGUUUCCAACGAAGAUGAUCCUUCUCUGCCCGUGUGGACGUUUCGCAUGUGGUUUCUUGGUCUUCUCUCUUGCGUCCUCCUCUCGUUUCUCAACACUUUCUUCGGUUACAGGACGCAGCCACUCAUGAUCACCAUGAUCUCCGUUCAAGUCGUCACGUUGCCUUUAGGGAAGAUCAUGGCUCGGAUCUUGCCCGAGACCAAGUACCGGAUCGGGUCUUGGGAGUUUUCUUUUAACCCGGGUCCGUUUAACGUGAAGGAGCACGUGUUGAUCUCCAUGUUUGCUAAUGCUGGUGCUGGUUUUGGAUCUGGCACUGCUUAUGCCGUUGGGAUCGUUGAUAUCAUCAUGGCGUUUUACAAGAGGAAGAUCAGUUUCUUGGCUAGUUGGAUUCUUGUUAUCACCACUCAGAUUCUUGGGUAUGGUUGGGCUGGUAUCAUGAGAAAGCUUGUGGUGGAUCCUGCUCAGAUGUGGUGGCCGACGAGUGUUCUUCAAGUCUCUCUGUUUCGUGCGCUUCAUGAGAAGGACAAGGCGAGGAUGUCAAGAGGAAAGUUCUUUGUGAUAGCGUUUGUAUGUAGCUUCGCAUGGUACAUUUUCCCAGCUUACUUGUUCCUGACGUUAUCAUCAAUCUCUUGGGUUUGCUGGGCGUUCCCUAAGUCCAUCACAGCACAGCAAAUAGGCUCCGGGAUGUCAGGACUCGGACUUGGUUCUUUCGCGCUUGACUGGUCUGUCAUAGCUUCUUACCUUGGAAGCCCGCUUGUGACUCCUUUCUUUGCCAUCGUCAACGUCCUCGUUGGUUACGUUCUGAUCAUGUAUAUGGUUAUACCAGUAUCAUAUUGGGGCAUGAACGUUUAUGAAGCACACAAGUUCCCUAUCUUCUCCUCUGAUCUGUUUGAUUCACAAGGGCAGCUUUAUAACAUCUCCACCAUUGUUAAUGACAAGUUUGAGUUGGAUGAAGUGAUGUAUCAACAAGAAGGUAGGGUUUAUCUCAGUACGUUCUUUGCUAUCACUUAUGGGAUUGGUUUCGCCGCAAUCGUUUCUACACUCACUCAUGUUGCUCUCUUCAAUGGAAAGGGAAUAUGGCAACAAGUGAGAGCUUCAGCCACUGCUAAAGUAGACAUACACACAAGGUUGAUGAAGAAGUACAAAGACAUACCAAGUUGGUGGUUUUAUAGCAUGCUUGCUGUCUCAUUGGCACUAUCUCUUGUCCUAUGCACUGUUAUGAAAGAUGAGAUCCAAAUGCCAUGGUGGGGACUUCUCCUAGCAUCAUUCAUGGCCUUAAUCUUCACCGUACCAGUCAGCAUUAUCACAGCCACUACUAAUCAAACUCCAGGUCUAAACAUCAUCACAGAAUAUCUCAUGGGUGUGUUGUUACCAGGGAGACCAAUAGCCAACGUAGUCUUCAAGACAUACGGUUACAUAAGCAUGUCACAAGCCAUUUCAUUCCUCAACGACUUUAAGCUAGGCCAUUACAUGAAGAUACCGCCGAGAUCGAUGUUCUUGGUUCAGUUCAUAGGAACAAUCAUAGCCGGAACGGUGAAUAUAUCAGUGGCGUGGUACUUGCUUACAUCGGUGGAAAACAUCUGCCAGAAAGAGCUGCUCCCACCAAACAGUCCGUGGACGUGUCCUAGCGACAGAGUUUUCUUCGACGCGUCGGUGAUUUGGGGAUUAGUGGGACCAAAGAGAAUCUUUGGUCGGCUAGGGAACUAUCCAGCCCUAAACUGGUUCUUCUUAGGGGGACUAGUGGGACCAGUGCUAGUGUGGCUUCUCCAAAAGGCGUUUCCGACGAGGACAUGGAUCUCGCAGAUCAAUCUCCCCGUUCUUUUGGGCGCGACGGCCGCGAUGCCGCCGGCGACGAGCGUGAACUUCAACUGCUGGAUCAUAGUUGGAGUUGUGUUCAAUUACUUUGUGUUCAAGAACUACAAGAAGUGGUGGCAGAGGUAUAACUACGUGUUGUCCGCGGCUUUGGAUGCGGGGUUGGCGUUCAUGGGAGUGUUGUUGUACUUUAGUUUGACGAUGAAUGGGAUAUCGAUAGGGCAUUGGUGGGGUGCGGAAGGUGAGAAUUGUCCUCUUGCUUCUUGUCCUACUGCUCCUGGUGUUCAUGUUGAAGGUUGUCCUGUUUUUUAAAAUGAUUUUUUAUAGAUGAUUUUUUCAUUUUUUUUCAAAGAUAUUUGUUUGGUUUACAUUUUAGAUUUUUAAAUAUGAAAAUAUAAGGGUUUGAUAUGAUUAGAGAGUAAUGAUAUUUUCUUUUCAGUUUCAAACGUUGGUCUAUUAAUCUUUUACACUAUAAUUAAUUAACAAAGACUAC